AUGGCAGCCCUAUCACCGCCACAGCGCGGCGCUCCCGCAUACCAAGACGUCCGCCAAGUCAAAGAGCAAGCAAGCCGCAAAAGAAGGGAAGAGACGAGUGAAAAGAAUAAAAGGGGGGUUGAGGGGAGAGAGACGAAGAGAAGAAAAGAGGAUGAGCGAUAUCGACGCGUCAUCCCCCAAGUUGUCACAUCCAGAAACAGGGUCCUACCUCCUACUAUCGAUAAAAUCGCGGGACCCCGGAGCACAAUUCGCGCCGUUAAUCGUGGUCGUAUUCGCCGGCCCCUAAAUCGCCUCGUAUCGCGUAGCGAGCGGGAGAGUCAAACUAUCCAACGCCACGGACACGCGUAG